AAAAUGCAGUCGCCUUCUGGUCUUCCAAGAAAGGAGCUAUUCAAUUAACAAGAUGAACAACAAACUUCUUGUACUGUUUGCUUGUGUGCUGGGCACAGUGAGUGCUGGAAGAAUUCUUCCACGUGACAAUCAGCGUGACAUUGACACUGUUACUCAGCGUAUUGAGCGCUUGUCAUGGCAGGAUUUGGUACGUCAAAAGUUUCUUCUGGACAUUGUGCUCCGCGUGCAGGAAACUUUGCAGGACACUGAGUUACUCCAACUUGAUCGGGGACUGAUCAUCGAUGAGAACCGUUACGAGGGUGGCAUUAAUGAGCAGAUCCAGCGCAUUAUUGACUUGGAUCGUCAGCGCGGUUUGCUGACUCGCAACCAGAUCUUCAAUAUACUCAACACUGAUCAUGUGCAGCAACUCACAGGCAUCUACAACAUUCUGGCCCGCUCCAUUGACUUUGAGACGCUCCAACGCAAUGCUGUUUAUCUGCGACGCAAUGUGAAUCCUGUGCUCUUUGUCACCGCACUGACAACAGCAUUGCAAUCUCGCCAGGAUAGUCAGAACUUGAUUAUGCCCGCCACGCUUGAGAUAUUGCCGGAGCUGUAUCUGGAUGAGGAAACCAUUCAACGUGUGCAGCGCACCCAACAGGAGCUGGAUACAAGCUCACGUCGUUCCUUCAUCGAUCUUGUUGGCCUGGGACAGACUCCUCGUGGCAUCAACUCACUAAGGAAUAUAUUCAUACCUUGGCGCAUGGCACUAAAACGUCAACAGCAGCAGCAGCAACAGAUACAGAAUCGUGUAGUGUUGUCUCAGGGCUCGCAGAAUCAGGCAGACAUUACUUUGCUUACUAAAGACAUUGGCAUGCAGACUUUCGUCAACCAGCUGGUCCAACAAUUGGCCAUGGCAGAGGAUACUACUGAGAGGAGUGUGAGGUAUUUGAACAACGACUUCGAGCAGCAGAUGGACAUACGUCGUCAGCAGCAGCAGAAUGAAGACGAUCUGAACAUGAACCGCGUUCAAUAUCAGCGUUUCUACGAUGAGUUGAGUGGCAAUCAAAUUAACGAUGAGGGUUUGACAAACAGCAGACAAAUCCCAAUCCGUCGUCAGUACCUGGAACGCACCAUUGGUCAAGGCAUUGAAGGAAUGACCAGCAAUCGACGUGUUAUCGAUAAUAUCGAUCAGUUGCCCACAGUGAGCGUCAACGACGCUCGUCUGCUGCAUGUUGGACGUCGUCGCCAGCAGAACACGAAUCGCAUCCAAGGACGCAAUAUGUGGAAUGUUGAUGACAAUGACGAUGACUAUCUGACAACUACUAUUGGACGUGGUAUUGAUCGCCAGCUGCUCAACAACAGACGCUACAAUGACGGGACAACACAAAACGUGUACGAUCAAGACAUUUUGAGGCAGCAGCAGCAAAUAAACCAACAGCAAAACCGCCGUUCGACCUACAAAAAUAUCGAUAUUCAGGAUGAGCUCACAUUGGAUGACAUUGUUGAGAUGAUUCGUCGUGAGAGUCGCUCUAGGAAAUCCGGUAAAGAAGUUCGUUUUCGUCGCAGCUUGGACACAGUGAACGAUGAGCAGACAACGCGCCAAAGUGAAAUUCUGCUGCACACUCUGCGUCAACUACAGGCGCGUCUCAACCAGGAACGCAUCGCAUUGCGUCUGAGCAAUGAAGUCAAUGGCAAUGGUCGUCGUUCAAUUGUGUCUGGCCAAGAUCAGGCUCAACGCUUUGCUCAGCGACUCAACGAGAUGCGUUUGGACUCACGUCGCAAUCGUGCUUUGAUUGAACAAUUGAAUGCUAUUGAAAACACUUUGCAGCAGGCAAUUGGUCAAGUUAGAAGACAAAGCAACAACCAGGACCAACUUGGUCAAGCCAUUCGUGUGGAGCGUGCAUUGGCAGAAGUUGUCCUCGGUCGUUUGGGUGACACUGGCAUUCUCCGCUUGCUGCGUCAACAGCUGCAGGACAGCAACAUGCAGACUGAUUCCUUGGAUCUUGGCAUCGAUAUCAAUGAUCGCGUGCUCCGUUAUACCUUGAGCAGCAUUCUCAACAUUCUUGACGAGCAGCUAGAGCAGCAAUUGGGCGCCUACCAAACGCAGCAGAUGAAAAUGCAGGAUGUGACCAUCAAUGAUGUGCGUGUCAGCGAAUUGCGUACUCGCCUCGAGUCCAACGAUGUGGAUGUGAGCAAUCUACUGGAGCAGCAGCAACAAGCCCAGAUCUUGGUGCGUCAACGUCGCCUCAAUAGUCAGCCUUUCACCAUUGACUUGGACGUCAGCUCGCAGCGUGCCCAGAAUGUGAUUGUUCGCCUGAUGUUGGGACCACGUGAGGAUGGCAGCUUGGAGCAGCGUCGCAAGAACUUUGUGCUCUUGGACGCCAUCAAGGUACAACUACAAUCGGGUCGCAACCGCAUCCAGCACCGCUCCACCAACAUUGAAUGGACCACUCGCGACUUCACGCCCAUCAGCGAGAUCUAUCGCCGUGUGAUGACCACAUUGCGUGGCCAGCGAGAGGAGCUCUCUGUUAACGAACUGGUUGGUGAGAAUGGACGUUUCCCUCAGCGUCUGCUGCUGCCUCGUGGUCGCCCCGAAGGUCUACCCAUGCAACUGUUUGUCAUCAUUUCACCCAUCGAGCGUCAGCAACAGCAAGUGGUUCUAGAGAAUUCAGCUGGAUUGAUGGGCAUCAGCCAGGCUGCCAUUGAAGACAGACGUCCAUUGGGCUAUCCACUCGACCGUCGCAUUGACAACGAGCAGCAGCUGCUUAGCAUGCCCAAUGUCUACUUGCAGGAUGUUGUUAUUGUUCAAGAGAACUAAACUCGAAAGCAAGAAUUGCUUUAUUCCUAACCGAUCGAUCGACCGACCAUCCGACCAUCUUACUUUCAGCACUCUGGUGUAAUGAUCACGAACAACUUGAUUAAUUUUGUAAAUGUAAUUAUUUUUUUUGUAAUAAAAAUGUGCAGUAAUGGCAUGAAAGCAUUUGAAAAACUAAAAA